GCGGAACUGACGUAUGCCACAGAUCAGCCAAUCAUUUCUUUCCGUCCCAUAAUACGUUGCAACACAAACUGCACGCGCCAAGGAAAUUCACUGACUGUGGUAACAUUUAAGCUUCGCGUAGACAUUAAUUCUGUUACUGUUUUUUACUAACUGAAGACUGAAGAAGACAGUGAUGACCUCAAGCAAACACUCUUCUGUUCUUAAAGAUGUUGUUGCCUAUGUUGAUGUGUGGUCUUCUGAUAAAAGAGCAAACUAUUCAAACCCUUUCAUCCAGCAGCUGGAGGAAAUGGGAGCUCAGGUAUCAAAAAGACUUAAUAAACAAGUCACUCAUGUUGUAUUCAACAAUGGACAUCAAGCUACAUGGAGGAAAGCUAAGAAAAUGGAUGUCCAACUUGUGUCUGUUCUCUGGGUUGGAAGGUGUUAUGAUGGCAGUGUACGUGUGGAUGAGAAGUUAUUUCCAGCUUUAAAUGAUGAACAAAAUCCUGUAAUGAAAAACAGGAAGCAUCGCUGCAUGCUCCCUAAAGAUUCUCCCGAAAGAACGACUGAAAAUGACUGGCGUUUGAAGAAGAAGUUUGAAAAAAUGGUGAAAGACUUGCCUCCGUUAGAACCACAGGUUGUAGGUAUGUCACCAAUCAUCAUUGAUGAGGAGAAUAGAAUUAUCUACAGCCCUGCUUUGAAUAGGUCUGAUUACAUGGCACAGCGCUUGAAAGAUAUGAAAGACGAAUGGGAAAACAUUUCGCCAACAGCGUCACAAAUGGCUGAUUCCUGCUCACCAACCGGGGUGAAGCCUUCUCUUGGAUGCACACCAACUUUCCUCAAAUUUAACAAUGACGAGUCUGAUGAUGCUUCUGUUGCUGAACCUGAUGGCUCACCUGCUAAGGAAGAAGGAAGAUCAUCUGAUGCUAGAGACCUGGGUCAGCUUGGAAGAGACUCUACAAAGCCUUGGCUCUCACCCUGCCACGAUGUGCCAAAACGGUUAUCAAGUUUGCCUGCAUGUCGUAGCUUUGACGACCAGGAAGAUAAAGAAGAGAAAAAACAAACAAGGUCGAGAAGAAUUUCAGUAAGAACGAAAGCAGGAGAGACAUUUAGAUCUGGAGUCUUUUCACAGAGUCCUGUCCAGGACACCCCUGGCAAGAGCAAAAUCCCUCAUAAAGAAAGAAGGCAGUCUCAUGUUAAACAAACUAGAGAGUUACCUAAGGAAUCUGAAAAUAAAGAGCCAGUAAUCACAGUGGAAAAGCCAUGUGGAGAAACUAAAUCCCAAGUUUCCCAGGAUGCUGCAUCUUUAAAUUACCUUUCAUCAUCAGAAACUAUAGUUGGUGCUGCAACUGAAAGGUCUAAUAAACGUUCCCUGGUAAAGAAAACUCAAUGUAGAACACCCAAGCAAGCCAGAUUGUCAUUUUCUGCCUUGGUACGAUCUUUCACUCUGUCCAGCGAAUGUAAAAAUGUUGCCUCGAGUUCCACUGAUGGAGAUAAUGAUGUGUUUGAGGACUAUUUCUCUCCCGCUAAUCACAAAAGACCUCGUUUGCCUAGUUCACCUGAGGAGAGCAGCAUUAAAGUACCUUUUGAGUUGGACCCUUUUCCAAAAAGGGAAAUACAAAGAAGAAGUGAAAUCUUUGGAUCUGAAAAGAAAAAAUUGAAACUGGAAAAACAACAUUGUAAAAAAAACCUCAAUCAUGAGUCUGAUGAAAGUGGUGGGUGUGUUCAAGGAGAUUUUAAAAACUCUCUCCCAGGAUUUAAUAAUCUUGCUGUUAAUAAAAAACAAGUGACUAAAAGGCAAAGACAAAGCUCUCUGGAUUUUUCAAGCACUGGAAAAACUACUGAAGAUAUGGAAAAAUGGAGACCGGCAUCUACAUCAGGACAACCACCCUUAGAAACAAACAUUGCAGAAUCAGAGCAGCAAGAAAACUCUGAUUUCACUGCAAUUUUUCAUAGCUCUGAAAGUGGAGGAAAUGAAUGCACCAUCGCAGCUGGUUUCACAGAGAACACCUCCGUCACUGAAGAAAAUCACAAUAAGCAAGCUGGCUUGAGCCUUCAGAAGAUGGUUAACAAAACAAAGGCUCCAAGGACACUUGUCAUGACCAGCAUGCCCACUGAGAAGCAGCAGACUGUGGUGCAGGUGGUAAAAGCUCUGGGUGGUUUUUCAAUCAUUGACAGAGUUUGCGAGAGCACAACUCAUGUAGUAUCUGGGGGACACAGACGGACUCUAAACAUCCUGUUGGGUAUAGCACGUGGCUGCUGGAUCCUGUCUUUUGAAUGGAUUCUGUGGUGUUUGGAGCAAAGGCAGUGGAUUCCAGAGGAGCCAUAUGAGCUUUCAGACCAAUUUCCUGCUGCACAAGUAAACUAAAACACUGGGAUCACAACAGGAAAGAAAACUAACAAAAAGCAAUGCCUAUUUAACAAUGUUUAUUUAGAGAAAUGAUUUACCAAAGUUAAACCCACUAAAUACCAAUAUUUCUGAAAUUAAAAGUUCUAAAUUUGAAAAAGAAAAUGUUUGUAUUUGUUAAUAAUUGAUUAUUUCUUUUUUUUUUUGUUGCUUUAUAAUUUAGUUAUCCAGUCAAAGCAGACAAGACACAGCUUUUUUUUUUUUAUUAGAGCAGAAGGGACAAAACUGAAGCAUCCUGUAUGUGAUGCAGCUGUUGCUUCUUCCCAAGCUUGGCUUUCACAAGUCUAGAAUAUUCUUUCUUUCAUCACCCCAUAUGAGGGGAACAUCCUCUGGGAAGGCUGGCAUUGUUUAAAUAAUACGCACACUUCUUUCAUUAAAUGCAUAACUGGAAUUUUCAAUCUAGUAAUACAGGAAAUCCUCAGUUAUGCUUAGUUUAAUGCUCGUGAGAACAUUCUGCAUUACCUAUAUGGCCUUGAUGACAAAAUCUUCGACAACCUGAUUUGAAAUGAGAAUUGAACCCUACAGUACAAUUUGUCUAUCAAGGGGAAAAGUUUAUAAACCAGUGUAAUUCUGACGUAAAACGUUACUAUUUGAGUUCUGAGUAGCUGAUGUAACUUCCAGCAGGUGGUAACAAUAUGAGUGAAAAUAUGACUUAGUCAAGGCAAUGAAAGCUGAAGUCCACUUCCUUUAAUUAAAUAUUUCCACUCAGGCUGGUUUGUUUUAUCAAUGUAUUUAAAUGCAGGGGGGUAGACAAAACUACCCCCAUAAACUACGUGGGUUCCUGCAUCGGAGGCCCGAAUGUCUUAGGCUACGUUCACACAGGUCUAAAUGCUCAAAUUUAGAUUUUUUUUUUUUUUUUUCAGAAAUCUGAUGUGUUUUUUUUUUUUUUGUGUGGUCAUUCACAUUACUUUGAAAAUGUUGUGGCUCCAAACUGACCUUCAUGCACAUAAGAACAAUACGAGCGUCGUCAAGUGCAGCACAACAGUAAACACGGAGAAAUAGGUGUUAUGGUUCAAGUGCACAACAGAAGCCAUUUAUUGUGUCAGCGGGUGAUGUGUGGGAAACACGUGAAUUAAAGGAGAGUGAAACUCUUUAUUGGUCCGUUUUAGAGAUAUCUGACUGCCAGUUCAGCACAACAAACUGUUUGGAUGCAGAGACACAGCCAGCAAUGGUGGGGAAGGGAUGUUAACAACUUUACAGAGACCAAGUUUAUUCAGAACUUUAUCAUGUCGAGGGCAACUUUUAAUCAUAUAUGUCAGCGCCUCUCCCCUCAAUUCCACAAGAAGAAGCCUUGAUGCAAUCCAGUGUAUCGGACUCCAGCAGAGGAAGAUCAUCACAUGCUCGGUAACCUCGAAGCCAUUUUGAAGUCCUCUGUUUGAAAGGCUGUAUACGAAUUUUACCAUACAAACUACGUCCCACCUCCAGACGGUUCCUAUGAGCCUUUCAAUUAUGCUUGAAUAAAGUUUUAUCUCUGUUUAUUAAUGA